UUGGGCUGUUUUAUACAUUCCCAGAACUUUCUCUCUCGAUCCCUCUAGUCUCUAGAGUUCUCAAGGAAAAGGAAGAAAACCUCUUUUUCGUUUUCUCAAAUUUCGAUUAAAAUCUCUGCGAAAUAAGUCGUGUAAUUUGUAAAAAUGGUGGUUAUUGAAUCAGCCCCAAACGGGAAUGAAGAUGAAAAUACCAGUACACAAAAUAAUGUAGUUGAAUCAAAUAGUAGUAGUAUUAAAUCGACCGAAGAAACUAAUAACGAUGGAUUUGAAACAGCAAGUGAAGGUGAUGGGGAUAAAGAAGAAGAAGAAGUAGAAGAACCUGUUCUUGCUCCACCUCCAUCUAACGAGGAAUCAAACCAGAAAGCUUUAGCUGAAGCUAAUGAUGCGAAAACUGAAGGAAAUAAGCUUUUUGGGUCUGGUCAGUAUGAAGAUGCCUUGUUGCAGUAUGAGCUUGCUUUACAGUUUGCUGCUGAUAUGCCUGCAUCCGUUGAGAUCCGCUCUAUAUGUCAUGCAAAUAGAGCUGCUUGCUUCUCUAACUUGGGUAGAUAUGCGGAGACUAUUAAGGAGUGCAACAAAGCUUUGGAACUAAAUCCUGCAUAUAUGAAAGCUUUGGUUAGAAGAGGAGAGGCUCACGAAAAGCUUGAACACUUUGAAGAAGCUGUGAUAGACAUGAAGAAAAUUCUGGAGUUGGAUCCUUCAAAUAGUCAAGCUAGAAGAUCCAUAGUACGCUUGGAGCCCCUAGCUGCAGAAAAGCGGGAAAAGAUGAAAGAGGAGAUGAUUGGGAAGCUAAAAGAAAUGGGAAAUUCUGUGUUAGGACGUUUUGGAAUGAGUAUCGACAACUUCAAAGCGGUUAAAGAUCCAACCACAGGAUCAUAUUCCCUCUCGUUCCAGAAGUAAACGUAUUGCUCGUAGAAAGUUGAAAGGAGAAGAAAAUUGUAGAGGCAGAAACUCAAGAAAUGAAUGAGACUGUACUGUGAUAUGCUUUAAAUGACAGGGAGAAGAACUAUGUAAAACUAUUUUGAUAUGAUUGCUCUUGACAAAUGUGUACAGUUUUACCUCCAAAUCAUAUAAACUGAAUGGUAAUGCUUUGUGCUGUGAUUCAUUUUUUUUUCUUUUGUGCAAGACAUUUUGGCUUGUU